AUGAAGUCAAGUCCUGACGAAGCCCUGGCAAUUAUGCGCGCAGCCAUCGCUUCAUUUGACUAUAUGAAUACCCAGACCGGCCCAAAUAUUCACGGCAAAAUGGCGAAUAUCUUGAAUGACAUGUAUGAACAGUUGCACACAGCCCAAACCAUGUGGAAGCUCGCGCGUCCAGGUGUCAAAGCCGACAUCGCAGUGUUCUUUAGAGAGUGGCUGACCGACUGGUACGAAAUGGCAGUUGUCAACGCCAAAAGCUUCUUACUGGCGAGCAUAGCUGAGAUGAGAAAUAUUUGGGAGCACACAGAUGACCCUAUUGCAGAUCAGGUGUUGGAAACGCUCAACUCACUGGAAGCCAAGAUUCCUUUCCUUCACAUCCUCACAGAUUGGGAUAUUACACUUCAGGCUUAG